AUGGCUGCGCAAAUCAUCAUGAACGACUCCGUGCCUCUGCACCCCUACUUCCCGCUGGACACCAUGCUCCCGGGCUAUGCCGAGAACAAACUCGGCGCCCUGGCUCUCUGCAGCACCUUCGCAGCCGGCACCGUCGCCAUCCUCGCGCCAACGUACAAGAUCAUCCGCCGGACGAACCCGAACCUCUCGAACGGCGAGGUCGCGACGGCGCUGUGGUUCGUGCUCUGCGGCUUCAUCCACUUCUUCUUCGAAGGCUACUUCGCCUACAACCAGUCCAAGAUGCCCUCCAUGACCGACAUCUUCGGCGAGCUCUGGAAGGAGUACUCCAAGUCCGACUCGCGCUACCUCACCCAGGACUCCUUCGUCGUCUGCAUGGAGUCCAUCACCGCCCUCUUCUGGGGCCCCAUGUCCUUCGCCUGCGCCUGGUGCGUCGUCCACGACCACCCGCUGCGCCACCCGCUGCAGGCCAUCGUCAGCCUCGGCCAGCUCUACGGCGACGUGCUCUACUACGCGACCUGCACCUUUGAGAAGCUCGUCGAGAGGCUGGUCUACUGCCGGCCCGAGGACUACUACUUUUACGGCUACUACGUCCUCAUGAACGCCUUCUGGAUCGUGAUUCCGUUCGGGCUGUUGGUCAGCAGCUCGGUGGCGACCAAGAGGGCUUUUGCGAGGGUCAAGGAGAUGGAGAGGGCGAAGGGGAAGAAGAUGCUCUGA